AUGGCCGGAUCAAAGCACCAAAAAGAAGACCAAAGCAAAACAGGCCGGAAACACGAGACUGAGCAUGAGCCGGCACCUAAUCCUCGGCGGGUCAAGACUGAGAAACAACAAACGUUGGAGGAAUCGCGAAAUAAAGAUGAAAAGCGAGAGAAAGAGAAAACAGGCAACACAGCAUCCAAACAAGUGGACAAGUCGGAAGCUCAGAAGCAGAGCGCCGUUAGGGUAGGAGAAGAGCCAGACGUACCCCCCAACGUACUAGAGAAGGGCAUCAUCUACUUCUUUAUUCGCGGGCGGGUCAACAUUGAUGAUCCCGGAACCGUGGAGGACAUCGCGCGAACAUACAUCUUGCUGCGGCCAAUCGAGAAAGAUGCCAAGCUCGGCGAUGGACCGAUCGGCGAUGCGCGCAACAAUCGCCUCCUCGCGCUUCCCAAGAAGACACUUCCGCUCAGUGGGAAAGAUCGCUUCAUGAUUUUCGUGGAGAAGUCAAAUGCUUCCUUUAAAAAUCUGAAGAAGAGUUUCCUGCCUGGCGCCGACUAUGAGACGAAGACGGCGGGAACGAGACACACCCCCGCGGCCACCCCAGUUGGAGAGGGUGUCUAUGCCCUCACCACCACAGGACGAGAGAGUCAUUUGGUCUACAUGCUCACAAUUCCCCAGAAGCUGGAUUCGGCGCAGAAGGAUUUGGGAAUAAAGGAGAAGGGAAGUUUCAUAAUAAGUACCAAGAAUCCAAACUAUGGCGGGCCGGCGAGUGCAAGACUACCCAAGGAUCCCAAGUUUCCCACCAAAAUUAUCGAGGAAUUCCGGUCCCUCCGAUGGCUCCCUUCUAAGCCGGUUCACCUGGACUACCCAAACGCCCAGCUGCUCCUUGUGGGAGAAUCUUCUGGCACCAAAAAGGCUCUAGAACCACAAGAAAAGGAUGAGGAAAAUGGUUCCCAGAAACCGGAGGAAUUUAUAGAGAGCUUGGCAGAGGAAGACCUUGAGAGAAUGAGACAUCUAACUGGCCAUCAAUCAGAAUCUAUAUAUGCCGAUCUCCAAGCUCAAGCAGAAGGUUAUCCUCAACUCAAAACAACUUUCUAA